UCCAGCUAAACAUGAAGUUAAACAUUGCAAAGGCUGUUAGUUAGAUCAUAUUGUCCAAGAGCUCUCAGGGGACACGUUGAAGAUGCUCUGCAAGGCUACGUGUAUUCAUAAAAGUCACUGGAGUCUGGAGUCUUCAUUUGAACAGACAGAGCAAACCAGCAAAAUGUCACGGACCACUAAGAAAAACAAGGAUGCAGUGGAACUUGUUCCUAAGGACACAGAAGACCAAGAGACCAUCUUCACAGGUCCAGAAGAUCAAAGUGUUCAUACUCCAAAACCUCUGUUCCUUGUCUCGAAGAACGUCGUAGUGAAGGAUCCAGGCUACCUGUCCUUUAUAACAUGCAAUUGGAUGGGCACCAUCAUAUGGGGUCUGUUACGUAAAAAGUUGGAUGUCAGCAACUACACCUUGGCACAAGGAAAUGGAGCCAGCAGGAAUGAGAUCUUGCUCAGGAAGUUCUUAGAAGAAGAAGUAGAUAAAGUAGGGCUGGAGAAUGUCUCUAUGUUACGAGUGGCUCUUCGCUUCCAGUUUGCUUCCUUUGUGCUUGCCACUGUUGCCAUCGCUUUUGCCUGUGUGAUUACCUUUGGAUCGAGUACUGUGGUCUACGAUUUGUUGCAGUAUUCGCCAGAGACCUCGACUCUCAGCCAGGGAGUGGGUCUGGCUUUUGCCUUCUUUGUAACGCAACUUUUGUUCAGCUUCUUGUUCGUCACAAUGAAGAUGUUUAAUCUUCGAUCAGGCAUCAGGCUGAAAGGUGCUUGCAGCUUGUUUGUCUACAAGAAAAUCAUCGCUUUGAGGGGAGAAAUUGUCUCCCUGGGAGAGAUGAUCAAUGUGAUUACUGCUGAUUCCGUAGUGCUGCCGGAACUAUAUACUGCCAUCAGUAUAUUUUGUGCUACUCCGAUUAUUAUUUUGAUCGCCACUAUCUACUCCUGUUGCUUACUGGGUGCUACUGCUCUCAUAGGACAACUGGUCUUCCUCCUCCUCAUUGGAUUCCAGUUCAUCUUACUCUUAGCAAUACAAUGGAGCAAAGGGAAAUCAGUUGGAUGGACAGACGCCCGGGUCAACGCAACCAGCGAAGUGCUGAGCGCCAUCAAACUCAUCAAGAUGUAUGCCUGGGAGGAAUCCUUCGAGAAGAAGAUCAAAGAUAUAAGGAUCGAGGAGAGGAAGAAGCUGGAAGUGUCAUGCUUCACCAUCGGCUUGAACGCUAACAUCAUCAUCCUCAACUCUAUCAUCACUGGCAGUGUUCUCAUGAUCACUCACACCGCGAUCGGCCUUCCCUUGAAUUUUGCUCAAGCUUUGACCAUCACUGCCCUCUUUAGCACCAUGGCUUCCCUGACGCAAUGGCUUCCUUUUGGUAUCUUGAUCCUGGCACAGGCAUUAGUGGCUCUGCACCGAAUCAAGUCAAUUUUAACUUUGAAGAACCCUGAGAAAUACUUGAUUCAGAAGACGGAUACUGGCCCUGCCAUAGUGACAGAAAAUGCUACUAUGUACUGGCCCAAACCAGCCAGUGAACAAGCCUCUAACAAACCAGCCAGUACACAAGUCCGUGCCAACACAGACAACGGGUUGCUGGUCAACCGGUUGGACGACAAGGAUGAAAAGGAAGAAGUCCCGCCUGCCUUGAGAAACAUCUCCUUCACAUUACCUAAGGGCCACCUGCUGGGAGUGUGUGGGAAUAUGGGCAGCGGGAAGUCAUCGCUGAUAUCCAGCCUCUUAGAACAGAUGCAUCUUCAACAGGGCUCCGUCACAGCCCGGGGGAGCUUUGCUUAUGUGCCCCAGCAAGCAUGGAUAUUCCACGGAACGGUUCAGCAGAACAUACUGAUGGGGGAAGCUUUUGACCAGGACCGCUACAACAGAAUUCUCCAUUGCUGUAGCCUCAUACCAGACAUGAAGAUACUCCCAGGUGGAGACCAGACUGAGAUUGGAGAGCGAGGUAUUAACCUCUCUGGGGGGCAGAAACAGAGGAUCAGCCUGGCCAGAGCGGUGUACUCUGACAGAGACAUCUUCCUCCUGGAUGACCCUUUGUCUGCUGUGGACGCCCACGUGGGGAAACACAUCUUUGAGGAAUGCAUCAAGAGAGAACUUGUUGGAAAGUCCAUCAUCCUUGUGACUCACCAGCUCCAGUACAUGCAGUUCUGUGAUAAUGUCCUGCUCCUGGACGGAGGAGAGAUACUGGAGGCAGGAAGACAUGAAGAGCUGAUGAAUGGGGGAGGACGUUACGCCCAGCUCAUCAGCCGCUACCAGCUGGAACAGUCCACAGUUCUGUUACAACAGGAGAACGCCGUGGAUCCGCCAUUUGUUGAACCCCACCAAACCAAUGGCGUUGUGAACCAAGCCUUUGACAUAUCUGAUGAAAUGGAUGACGUCAGCAUGUCUGACAAAAAAAUCCAGGAGGGUGACGGGCAGUUGAUAAUAAAGGAAUUCUCCAGCCAAGGCUCUAUUUCCUGGAGAACCUUUCAUGUGUACUGCCAGGCGCUAGGAGGUUAUUUCCUUGCUGUUGCCGUCCUCCUUCUUUACGUUGCGCUAAUUGGAGGAGCCGCAUUCAGCAAUAUGUUCCUCGCCUACUGGAUGGAGCAGGGAUCUGGGGCUGCAAAUGUGACUGUUGAAGACCAGGCUAACGUCACGCUGAACCCAGACAUCGCCUUCUACCAGGAGGUUUAUGGAAUAAUAACAUUGGUUAUAGUGAUAGUUUCUAUUAUUAAAACAUAUUUCUUCGCCAAGGUCAGCCUCUGUGCUUCCUCAGUAUUUCACAUGAGGAUGUUAGAAAAGGUAAUUGCCAGUCCAAUGAGUUUUUUUGAUACCACCCCUAUUGGCCGGAUGCUGAAUCGAUUCUCCAAGGAUAUGGAUGAAGUCGAUUUCUGGAUUCCCUUUGAAGUGAACUAUUUCGUCAACACAUCUCUAUCAAUUGUGGGCUCCAUCGUCCUCAUUAUCUAUGCAUUUUAUAAAAUGGUUUAUCCUCUGAUCAUCUUCUUCGCUAUCACUCUCCCCUUCCACGUAUUAAGCCAGAGAGCAAUCCGUCAGUUGAAGAGGUCAGAGAUCACAAGUCGCUCUCCCUGGAUCUCCCAUACUAGCUCCACCAUCGAGGGCCUCAGCACCAUCCACGUCUAUGGCAAGACAGACAGCUACAUACACCAGUACAGUUUGCUGUGUGACUUCAACUCCAGCCACAUGUACAUGUUUCAAUCAGGGAUGAGCUGGGUAUAUCUCUGGACAUCAUUUAUUAGUUCUUUGCUGAAUCUGUGUGUUGGAUUGUUUGUGGUCCUCACUCCCAAAGAUGACGCGAGUGGUUCCAUGAAAGGCCUGGCACUCACCUGCGUUCUACAGUUAGUAAGCGGUUUUCUAACACUGAUGGACUUGGCCAGAAGUUUGGACGCCAGGUUCUGCUCAGUAGAGAGAAUCCAAGAGUAUAUAAAGACCUGUGGGUCCGAGGGUCCCCGGAAUGUGAAGGAGGCUCAGAUCCCAGAAGGCUGGCCACAAAGCGGAUCCAUAAACUUCCAGAACUACACGAUGAGGUACAGGGAGAAUACACCUAUUGUUCUCAAAGGACUCCAAAUCCACAUCAAGGCUGGGGAGAAAAUUGGCAUUGUUGGACGGACCGGGUCAGGAAAGUCCUCCUUGGGUGUGGCCCUGUUCAGGCUAGUAGAGCCGGCAUUUGGCAGCAUCCUGAUCGAUGGGGUGGACAUCAGACACAUAGGUCUGCAGGACCUGCGCAGUAGGCUGUCCAUCAUCCCCCAGGACCCCGUCCUGUUUCUCGGUUCCGUCAGGUACAACCUGGACCCUUUCAACAAACACAGUGAGCAAGAGCUCUGGUUAGUGCUGGAGAAGACCUACCUGAAGGACUUGGUCUCCGGGCUACCUGAAAAGCUGCAGGCAGAAGUGGUGCGGAACGGAGAAAACUUCUCCGUUGGACAGAGGCAGCUCAUGUGUAUGGCCCGAGCCCUGCUGCGAAACACCAAGAUCAUCCUCCUGGACGAAGCCACAGCAUCCAUCGAUGCCGAGACCGACGCCCUGAUCCAAACCACCAUCAGGGAGGCGUUCGAGGGAUGCACCACCCUCACCAUCGCACACCGCAUCAACACCGUGCUGCAGGCCGACCGCAUCCUGGUCAUGGAGCAGGGACAGGUGGUGGAGUUUGACAGUCCUGAUGUGUUGAGACAGAAGCCAGACUCUCUGUUCAGCUCCCUCCUGGCAGCUGCAAACACAAUCGACGCCUGAAACACACAACCAUCAUACAGACACAUAACGAUCAUAAAGACAGUCAACACCUGUAACACACAGCCAUCAAACAGACACACAACCAUCAUAAAGACACAGUCAACACCCGAAACACACAGCCAUCAUACAGACACACAACUAUCAUACAGACACACAGCCACCAUACAUACACAACCAUCAUAAAGGCAUUACAUCCACAAUCAACACAAAUACAUCCUGUGAUCUUUCUGAAUUUUACAUUUUGUACUUACUUUGUACUUCGUAGUUUUCCCCUGUGGUUAAUGUAUAGUUGUAUUGAUUCAAGCCACUAUAGCACGUUGAUAUGUUGAUGUUGAUUUUAAGAUAACAAUAAAGAAGAGAUUGCAUCUUUCAGCAGAAAUGUGUUUGUGAUAAAGGGAGUUUUAUUGUAAAUAUCCCAGUUGAUCUAAUAAAAGACCAGUGAGGAGGUAGUUCACAUUUUGGCUGAAUAUCACAUCCUUCAUGGUUCCCUCCUUGUCCAUUCUCAUUAAAUUCAGACACAGUGGUCGAAGCGACUAAAAUCCCUAGUAAGAAUUCAUAGCAGAAGAGUUAAUAUUCUUGAAGUCUUUCAGACCUGUUCUUAAGGACGCCUGGGCAAAAUGUGAUAUUGC